AUUUAAACAUCUGUCACUGGUAAAAAGGCGCUGUACACGUUAGACUAAAUCUGAAAUCCGAUACUUUGUAAGGACCCGGGGUUGAGAAACAGAAAUGUUAUGCACAUUUGAUGUGCAGGGGUGGAGAGAGAGCAUUGUUUCUAUCUUUUCCCAUGACAUGGACCAUUAGAAUCUUGGACGGAAAUGCACAAAUUGCUCAAAUGCCUUCUGUUACGGAGCGAAACAAGAGGAAACUCUACUCCGGUUUACUUUGAACUUGUUUUUCCUUUUAAAAUAACUUAUAAGAGGAAAGAAAGGAAGAAAGCUCUCCUACAAAGGGAAUAUAUCACAGUUUGGAAGGGAUUGCUGAAUCCGAGCGACACUGCUAUGUGGAUUACUUUCAUGUUGACAUGGUUGAGUUGCAGGUAAAGUGUCUGUGUGUGCUUAUGUUCCUGAGCUUCCCUCUGAAUAUGGCUGAGGUCCCUGGUCCAUGCAGACACUCCAUCACUAGGGAGCACCUGCUUACAGUCAGGAACCUGAUGGAUAACCAGUUGAGAAGUGGUUGUUCGAUAACCUAUACAUUCAUAGAAAGGAGAAGUUUGAGCAAAUGUUGCUUUGUAAAAGCUGCUUUACCAUGGAUCCUGGAGCUUCUCACCACCCACUUCAAAUAUAACCGGGGGUCAGUCAAUGAUGGCUACGUUCAGUCCCUGAGAGCGCUCAUCCUCAACAUCUAUUCUCAGAAAUGUGUGCCACAGAUUAAUGAAGAGGUCGAAGAUAAGCCAGAGAGUUUUGAGACGCUGUACAGAGGGUCUCCUUCAGAGGCACUGCAGAGGGCUUCGGAGGUGCUGUCUGUUUACUGGGAGCUGAUCACAACCAGCAACGCACCAGUGGACUGGAGAUGCCAGCACGAAUACACAGAAACCUUUGGCUCUACCACAGAGCUAUUCACAGAGUCACCCGCACAUUUUACAGACAGUUAUGGUAGGAAGUCAGUGAAGGCCUCUCAGAGAAGACCGAUCAAAGACCUGUACAAGCUUUGCUUCAUCAUUGCCUCCAUUUGCGGAGGACUGCUAUUCAUACUCACGCUCUAUUGUCUCAUCUCACAAAAGAGAACCCACAACCCUCACAGAUCAAGAUACACAAACCAAAGCAGAGACCUGCAGGACAUAGAGAUGGAGCCACAAUAAUGUGACACACGGCACAUCACUGCAGCGGCAGACGGAAAACUUGUGAAGCUGUACAUUUUAUCCAUCACAAACAAGUUGUCAUAUCAGUAUUGUGUGUAAUAUAUCACGCUCACCUAUUUAAUCUGAGGCUUCGCUUUGACUGAAAGCAAAGAUGGACCUUAUUUGGAUUAAUAUGCUAUGUAUAUUAUGUUUAUGCGUUAUCUUUUGCAGUUCACAAAAAAGUUUUUAUUUUUACACUAGUCAUGAAUGUUGAAUAAUGUCUCAAUUUGCUGCCACUUAACCAACUGUUUGUAAUGUUAUUUGCCAAACAUUUCCACAAGUUAUUUAUUAGUUUGACUCUAUUCCAUGACCAUAUUGAUAAUAAAAACUUACCAUCCAGAUCCUAAA